CACUGUGCGCACAUGGGACGUGAGCUCGGAGAAGAAGCACAAGUCCGUGUUCAAGCCGCGAACCUUCCAGGGGAAGAAGGUCAUCCCGACGAGCUGCACCUACAGCCGCGACGGGAAGCUCAUCGCAGCCGGCUGCCAGGAUGGCACCAUCCAGAUCUGGGACAGAAACCUCAGCGUCCAUACUAAGUUUCACUGUAAGCAAGCACACAUUCCAGGAUCAGACACCUCCUGCAUCGCCUUUUCCUACGAUGGCGUGACCCUCGCUUCACGUGGAGGCGAUGACACUCUGAAGGUGUGGGAUAUACGCAACUUCAAGAAGCCCGUGAACGUAGCUACGGGUCUAACCAACUACUUUUCAAUGACCGACUGCUGCUUCAGCCCUGAUGAUAAGCUUCUUGUUACGGGGACCUCUGUGAAGAAAGACGAGGGAAAUGGAAAGUUGGUUUUCUAUGAGCGAGCUUCCUUCCAGAAGGUCUAUGAGAUAGAAGUGCCCAAAACAGUAAUGAGCUGUACCAUGCUCUUCAGCGAGGCCUUUGUUACCAAUGGUCCGUCUUUCAUCCUCGCAGAGCAGUCGGGCUUGAAAAGUGAAAGGGAGGCCUUCACUGUGUUCUUUCUUGUGCAUCUAACCCAAUUUCCAAAGCAACUUGAUUAUCCUUGUUUACCUUGUGUGUCUCCAGCUCAUGCCUUACCCAUGUUCAGAGAGGCCCGGCAGCGGAGUACACGGAAACAGCUGGAGAAGGACCGACUGGACCCAAAGAAAUCCCACAAACCUGAGCCUCCUGUGUCCGGACCAGGUCGUGGAGGAAGAGUAGCAGCUCAUGGAGGAACUCUGUCUUCGUUCAUCGUGAAGAACAUUGCUUUAGAUAAAACCGACGACAGUAACCCACGACAGGCGAUCCUCCGUCACGCCCAGGAAGCUUCAGAUAACCCGUACUGGGUUGCUCCGGCAUACACACUUACCCAGCCAGAGCCCAUGUUUGCAGAGGAAUCAGAGGAGGAUGAGGAAGCUGAGAAGGAACCCGAGUGGAAGAAACGCAAGAUCUGAGGAGCCAUAGCAGCAGCUCAUUUUAUAUUAGAUGGCAGACAGGGUGGGCCUGUGUUUGUAUAUUCAUCACAGUAACCAUGAGGUCUCAGGAUCAAUCCAAAACAAUGGGUUACACUCAGAUACUUUGCAUUGGAGCAUCACUUAAGUUACUCAAUUGUACAGACCCUGACCUCCCUCGUAAAGUUUGCAUAUAUGUAUUUAUGUGCCUACUUCUGUGUUAAGACGCAGCACACACAUGUGUAGGCAUUUUAACUGUGCAAGCUUAACAUAGUUUUAUACCGUUUUGUUCAUGUUCCCCUCAUUGCAAUUCAACCUUUGGUAGAACUUGGCUUUUUAUGUCGUUUUUUGAUUUUAUUGACUUUAUUUUCAUUAUUUCUAUUGUCCUAUCCUCCCACAACCCUGGAGUUUUCUAAUGCCUCAUAAAUUGUCUCCAGAUUUUGUGGUCUGGUUGUGUUCAUCAAACUAUGAAGCGCAGUUUACUAGUUUGUAAAAAAUAAAUUGCUAAGAAGUA